AAAAUCCUAUGAUAUUAAACGUCUUGUAUCAAGCUGUAAAGGCAAUAUUGUUGAAAAAAAUAUGGUUUUUUCCGUUUCAUGAAAAAGCAACUAGCUACCAGUUGCACUGAGCGAUAUUUUUCAGUUGGUCGAAUCGUUUUCCUAGUGUUAUUGGGAGGCUCAAUGCCUUUCGGAUGCUCUCAAGCUCAACGAAACGGUAUUCGCAGUAGUGGCAUUGACACAGGGUUUUGGCUCUUUGGGAACUCGGCCAUCUCCCAGUCUCUCAUGUUGACUUCAGAGUCCUGUUAUAUCCAACCCCGGACUAGCUCGGUGAGAACCAGAGCUUGUUCGAUUUGAUGUAAGCCUAUGCGAAAAAUGUGUCCAGAAAAUUUGUCUUCUUCCAGGGUCCUCUUGUAAUGCAAACAAGUGGGUAGUGGGUUUGUUCUUACAAUAUGGAGUCAAAGUUUGUUUUUUUCGUGGCGUUCUUUGGGAUACUACCUGUCAUUGAUUGCUCUCGGGCUUAUUUGAAGGUAAACACUGGUUUGGAUCCCAAAAUUGGUCCCACUCAGAACGAAACGGAUGGUUCAAAUAAGAAAACAGGUGGGUCGAGCUUGGCUUUGAAUUCUACUAAAGUUGACAAGGUAUAUACUAGGGGAGACCAAGUGGACGGAUCAAAGGAGGGUCCUCUUGUUGAGAAUGGCAUAGAUAGGAACAAUUCCAGUAAGCAUUUGGCAUCGAGGGAAGCUGAAGAUGUGCAAAAGGGUGAGGGCGGUGCAAGUGAAGAAUCAAAAGGUAAUAGGGGUGGUGAAGAAAAGGAGAAGUUGAGAAAUGGUGUGGAAUCCAAGAAUGUGGGUAAGGUGGUGAGCAGUGAAGGGGUUGUUAUCUCUUCUACAUCAGUGUGGAAUAAGGGUUCUCGGGGUGAAGAAUGUGAUUCAUCUAAUAUGUGCACGGAUGGGGAGAAAAAGUUGGUUGCAUGUUUGAGAGUUCCGGGGGAUGACUCUCCAGAUCUGUUACUUUUAAUUCAGAACAAGGGAAAAGGCCUUCUUGAUGUUACCAUCUCUGCUCCUGAUUUUGUCCUGCUAGCGGAAAGAAAAGUUCAAGUUCAAGAGAGGGAAUACGAAAAGGUGAAGCUUUCCGUCAUAGAUGGAGGAACUGACAGUUUGAUCAUCUUAACAGCAGGAAGUGGCAAUUGCAUCAUUGACGUGAGGAAUCUGAUUGCACACAGUUCCCAGAAGGCAUUCGAUGGUACCUCUAACCCCUCGUUCAUAAGCUUUCUGACAAGAAGCCCUGCUACUGCACUUGUCUUCUUUGGAACAAUUCUGAUACUGGUAUCAGCUUGGAUGUGCAUCAGCUUCAGGCGGAGGCAUUUGUCAGGCAAAGGCUCUAAGUAUCAAAAGCUUGACAUGGAACUUCCAGUCUCCAGUGGGGGAAAAUCAGAGUUGGACACAAAAGAUGGAUGGGAAAACAGUUGGGAUGACACUUGGGACGAUGAGGAAGCACCAAAGACACCGUCAAUGCCCGUUACUUCAGGCCUCUCAGCAAAAGGCCUGGCUUCACGUAGGAUGAACAAAGGAACUAUGGAAAGAUUAGUUGCAUAAUGCAUUAGGGUCGACAGAACACACCUAAAUAGAAGAAAAGGAUGAGCAUGGUAAGUAUAGUUUUAUUUUCAUUAUUCUUUUCAUUCUUCUUCGUGCCUAUUGAUUUUCAAUUUUCCCGGCAAAACAAGAAACUCAAUAAACACAUUACACAUACUCCAUAUGCAUGUUUAUGGUAUGCUCCAUGGCUGUACAGCCCAAGUAGCCUUAUGGGGAAAACUUUGAUUUGCA